ACUGCGGCGCUGUAGUCGUGCUUGCAGCUAGCAUGGCGGCUGUGAUAAAGGAGAAACCCCAGCUGCAGUUUGACGAGCGAUGGCCCAAAAUGCGGCCGACGAUAUUGAAGCUGCUUCACCAGGAUCCUAUCACGAGAGACGAAUGGCAAGGAUUGUUCUGGGACAUCCAUGCAGUGUGCCUAUGGGAUGAGCGUGGACCUUCAAAGCUCUAUGCUGCUCUUCAGGAGGACAUCCUCGAAUUCAUCAGCGUUGCACAGAGGCGUGUGCUGGAACACCAGGAGGACCAAGCCCUGCUGAAUGCGUACAUCAAGGAGUGGCGAAAGUUCUUUGUGCAAUGCAGCUACCUGCCCAUGCCCUUUGGGCAGCUGGAGACGGUGCUGGCUGGCAAGAGCCUGAAGAAGACCGAGGAGGGCCUCGUUCGUAAGCUCAUGCUCGACACCUGGAACCAGAGCAUCUUCUCAACCAUCAAGGGCCGUCUGCAAGCAAGUGCAAUGAAGUUGGUGCACGCGGAGAGGAUGGGCGAGGCCAUUGACUCUCAGUUGGUCGUUGGUGUGCGGGAGUCAUACGUGAACCUCUGCUCCAACCCGGAAGACAAGCUGCAGAUCUAUCGGGAAAACUUCGAGCGGGCCUACAUCGAAGCAACUCGGCAGUUCUACCGGGCGCAAGCACCCCAGUACCUGGAGGAGAACGGAGUCCAGAACUAUAUGAAGUACGCAGAGCAGAAGCUGAAGGAAGAGGAACAGCGUGCCGCGAAGUACCUGGAGUCACAGUCGGGGUCGGUGCCCGCGUUGACGGAGUGCUGUGUCAGCGUCCUCGUCACGGCCUUCCGGGAACCCAUCCUAGCCGAGUGCCCGGGCAUGAUUCGUGCUGGCGAGACGCUCAAACUGCAGCUCAUGUUCGGACUCGUGGACCGCGUGCCCGACGGUGUGCUGCCCAUGCUGCACGACCUUGAACAGCACGUGCUGUCCCAGGGUCUGGCCGACAUGCUCGCCUCGGCCGACAUCAUCACUCAGGACUCUGAAAAAUAUGUGGAGCAACUCUUAGACCUCUUUCAGAGGUUCAGCAAGCUAGUCAAAGAAGCAUUCAACGAUGAUCCUAGGUUCCUUACAGCACGUGAUAAAGCAUUUAAACAGGUUGUGAAUGAUACCUCUGUGUUUCGUCUCGAGCUUCCUUCCAGACAAAAAGGGGUAGCGAACAAGACGCAGCCCGAGUCAAGGUGUCCAGAGCUCUUAGCCAACUAUUGUGACAUGUUACUACGCAAGACCCCACUUAGUAAAAAGCUGACGUCUGACCAGAUCGAGGCCAAGUUAAAAGAAGUGUUACUCGUGCUACGGUAUGUUCAAAACAAGGAUGUGUUUAUGCGGUACCACAAGGCCCACCUCACAAGGAGACUCAUUUUGGACUCUUCAGCCGACAGCGAGAAGGAGGAGAACAUGGUUGAAUGGCUAAGGGAUGUAGGCAUGCCAGCAGACUAUGUGAACAAGCUAGCGAGGAUGUUCCAAGACAUUAAAGUCAGUGAAGACCUAAACCAGCAGUUCAAGCAUGCGCAUAGAAACAGCAACGAGUUGCUGGCCGAUUCGAUCAACAUAAAAAUUCUAAAUGCCGGUGCAUGGGCUCGAGGCAGCGAGCGUGUUCAGGUAUCGCUACCUCUCGAGCUGGAAGACUUCAUUCCCGAAGUGGAGGAAUUCUACCGGCGGAAGCACAGUGGGCGAAAGCUACAGUGGUAUCACCACAUGUCCAAUGGGACGAUCACCUUUUGUAAUCAAGUAGGCAAGUUUGACUUAGAUGUGACGACGUUCCAAAUGGCCGUCAUGUUUGCCUGGAACGAGCGGCCUAACGAGCGCAUCUCAUUUGAGAACCUCCUCUUAGCCACUGAACUUCCAGAUGCUGAACUUCGGCGGACGCUCUGGUCUCUGGUUGCCUUUCCCAAACUGAAACGGCAAGUUCUCUUGUGUGGGGUCGAGGCAAAGUCGCCCAAGGACUUUGACGACGGCACCCAGUUUUGGGUGAAUCAAGAAUUCGGAGUCAUAAAAAACGGAAAAGUUCAAAAGCGAGGCAAAGUCAACCUAAUAGGAAGGCUGCAGCUAUCGACGGAAAAAAGCAAAGAAGAUGAUAACGAAAGUAUAGUUCAGCUGAGAAUAUUCAGAACACAAGAAGCGAUAGUGAAAAUCAUGAAGAUGCGCAAGCGUAUCACUAACGCCCAGCUGCAGACAGAGCUGGUGGAAAUCCUGAAGAACAUGUUCCUGCCUUCGAAGAAAAUGAUCAAGGAACAGAUUGAGUGGCUGAUAGAGCACAAGUACAUGCGUAGGGACGAGGAGAACAUCAACGAGUUCAUCUACAUGGCCUGACUUAGCCACAUGCGCCGGCGUAGUGGUCUCCGAACAGUGCGCGCUCCUGUGGUGGACCGUUCAAGUGCUGGGAAGGUGUGCCCGGUUCUUUAUCCAAGCGCCGCCCACGCCCUUCCAAGUCUAGGCUUUCGGGACGAACCAUCAUUCGCGGCGGCAGUCACGUUGCCAAGGAGAAUGCUGUACAUUGAUUUUCGUGGGAAAGUUGUUUUACCCGAGAAUCUGCUUUUCUUUUUAAUCUUCGAGGAUGCAACCACCUUGGUCAUACCGUCGUUCGUUUGUAGUAGUACCGAAAUUCGACGUUGAAAGUGAGCCGACACGUAGUUUUACGUGUUUU